UCCACAGGUGCAGUGCACCGCGAUAUCCGUACCAAUGGCGGACUCGGUGGUAUGGAACUUCGGUGGACGUGAGCUCAAUUUCUCGUCGAAUAAUAGCCGCUUCUACAGGCACGAGGAGUACGAGCCGGAAAGGGUCGUCAGCACGGUCACACUCCUCGAUCCAGUUCCCAUUUAUUUCGGCGAUUACAAUUGCACGGUGACCAAUGCCUACGGCACGGACUCCGCUGUCAUCAAGCUCACGACCUACGCGUUGAUUCCAGUCGAUUGGCAGCUCAUCCUGAUCAUCAUCGGACUCGUCGUCUGCGUCAUACUCAUUGGCAUCAUCGUCAUCCUCAUUUUGCACUGUCGGGAACGUAUCAAGCAGCCGCAGCCAAAAGUUGCUCAAGCCCACGACAACGACAUGCAGGAGACGGAUUCGAACGCCGACCGCUACCGUGAAAGCGACCGUAGCAGCAAUCUCUCGGACGUCAAAGCUGACAUUCGCGCAGGCUCGAGCGUUAGUAAUGCCGAGAGCGUGACUGCAUUGGACAGCGAGGGAGAGGGUAGCACCCGGGGGGUGAACGCGCUCGCCCUGGCCGGACCCGUGCCUAACCCUAUCUCCGGUUUCCGGUACAGCGCUGACUACACCGAGCCCUCCUUCCCGCCCAAGAGCAACGACGGCAGCAACAACAACGGCUACGUGCCCUACGUGGAUUACACGCGCGACUACAUGCCGCCCUCGACCCAAGGAAUGGGGGCGUCUCGCGAGUCCCUCAGCAGAAUCCCGUCCAGCGGCAUCCUCGGAUCGAAGAAGAUCGGCCUGAGCUCGGCCAAUUUGGGUGGGACACCGCCCCAGACAACCCCAAUUAUAGAUCCCCGAUUCUCGGCCACUUACGGCAAUCCUUACCUCAGAAUGUCCGCGGCGGAGCAGCUGCGACACGCGCCCCACACGGCCAUACCAGGGGUGACGCCGGCGCCGCCGCCCUACACUCAAGCCAUGCGAAUGAAUAACCUCAACACGCUGAACGGAGCCGGGCCCCAGGCGCCGCUCUCAGCCCACUACAUAACCGGCGGCCCGAAUGGCGGCGUCGCCACGGUGAAGAGGACCACCGCAGCAGCGGCCAGUGCCCUGGCGACGCACGUAUGAGACCGGCCGUCAUCCAAGCGGAACUAGAGCUACGAGAGCAUCGGUGCCGGGAGAAGGGAGCCGGCCCUCGGUCAGGUCGAGCGAGUCCUCAAGCAGUUGAGGUGGGCGAGCCGCGACCAUCGGCGCCUACUCCUCGAGCGACUUGAGCUCGGGGACCUCGCGGACCUCGGUGACACCGACUCGGACGGCCAGCCGAAGCAGUAGCCACGACACCGCGAGCCAAGCCGUGCUCGCGCACUCCCCAUCUAUAAAUACCAUAUAUAUAUAAACACAUGCAUAAAGACAUUUAUAAGCGCGCGCCUACGCGCAUAUAUAAAUAUAUAAAUAUGAAUAUGACGAUAUAUUAUAGCGGGGCACCGUCGAGCGCGACGGUCUCCAUCUACAUACUUGUGCGCCCGUGUUUGUCUCUCUUUCUCUCUCUCUCUCUCUCUCUCUCUCUCU